AUGACCAGACAGCAGCUGUCUAGUGAGAUUUUUAACUUUGGGCUCAACCUCCUGUGAAAGAUGCCCAUGAGACAGGGCAACGCGGUCUACUCCCUGGCCAUGGUAGGCCUGAUGCUGGGGUCAGAGGGCAGAGAGCGCCAGGUGGAAAGCAGCCUCCACCUGCAGACUCUGAGCCACGCCACGCCCCUGCUCCUGCCUCCCUCUUUAAGCUGAUCAGAGAGACCCUCUCCACCAGAGCUGGGCCUUGCCCAGGGGAGUUUUGCCUUCAUCCACAAGGAUUUUGAUGGCAAAGAGACCUUCCCCAAUUCACCCAAGAGGCCCCUUGAUACAGCAUAUGCUGUGAAUUUUCAGUGCCCUCAGGCCCAGGGGCUCAUGAAAUUACACAAAGAGCCUCAGGGGGAAGUUCCCCAGCUAUUUGAUGAGAUUAAAUCAAACCAAAUUGAUUCUGUGGAUCACAUCUUGGAAGGGGCUGGCCACAUGUGGCCCACCUUCACCGAAGCUGACACUUUCCACCUGGACAAGUCCAAGGCAGUCAAGGCGCCAGUGAUGUACAGGGCAGGCAAGUCUGCCUCCACCUUUGAUAAGAAGGUUCACUGCCAUGUCCUCCCACUGCCCUACUGAGGAAACACCACCAUGCUGGUGGUCCUCAUGGGGAACACAGGUGACCACCUGGCCCUGGAAGGUGAUCUGACCACAGAGCUGGUGGAGACAUGGCUCAGGAACAUAGUGAUUGAAGUUGAUGAGAAAGGAACUGAGGCGGUGACAGGAACCCUGACAGAAAUACUGUAUUCCCUGCCUCCCGUCACCAAGGUGCCCCGGCCAUUCCACUUGAGGGUCUACAAGGAAACCUCGAGGGUGCUCCUAUUUCUGCAGGGUGGUGAAUCCAAUCUCCUGUGA